CAAAACUGCCUCCUUCCCGGGGCCAGACUCAGAGGAGCAGGGAGGCCGCGGGCAGGAGCCGCUGCCGGACCCAGGGGCCGCUGCCGGACAUGGGCGUCCCGCUAGCGCUGCUGCCGCUGCUGCUGUUGGUUGAAACCUGCAUUCCAGCCACCUGGGGCCUGCGCUGCGUGCACUGUGAGAGGGCCGGGCGUUGCCGCGUGGAGGAGUGUGCGCCGGGCCAGGAUCUCUGCAGGAGCACGGCGCUGCUCGUCUGGGAAGAAGGUGAAGAGCUGGAGGUGGUGGAGACAGGCUGUGCCCACUCAGAGAAGACCAACAGGACCAUGAGCUACCGGACGGGCAUGCAGGUCAUCACGCUGACGGAGGCCGUGUGUGGGUCGGAUCUGUGCAACCGGCCCAGCCCCGCCAGGGCUCCCAAAUUCCCCCGAAGCCGCCGGUACCUCGAGUGUGUUUCCUGCGCCUCUUCAGAUCUGAGCUGUGAAAGGGGCUGGGACAGGAGCCUUCAAUGUCGCCACCCUAGAGAACAGUGCCUGGACGUAGUGACUCACCGGAGCCCGGAAGAGAGGCCAGGGGACGAGCGCCACUCCCGAGGCUGUGGCAACCUUCCUGGCUGCCCAGGCCCCACCGGUUUCCACAACAACCACACCUUCCACUUCCUGCGGUGCUGCAACACCACCAAAUGCAAUGGGGGCCCAGUCCCAGAGCUUCAGAACAUGCCACUGAACGGCCUCCAGUGUUACAGCUGUGAGGGGAACAGCACCCAUGGAUGUUCCUCUGAAGAGACGUCCCUCACUGCCUGCCGAGGCCCCAUGAAUCAAUGUCUGGAAGCCACAGGCACUGAUGGGCUAGGGAACCCGCGCUACACAGUUAGAGGCUGUGCAGCGCCCUCAUGGUGCCAGAGCCUCCACGUGGCUGAAGCCUACAGCCUGACCCAUCUCAACGUCUCGUGCUGUACCGGAAAUGGCUGUAAUCACCCAACCCAGGACGGCCAGCCACACAUGGGGGGCGCCCCCCGGCCUGGCCCUGCCCACUUCAGCCUCACUGUCACCCUACUGAUGACCGCGAGACUAUGGGGAGGCACUCUCCUCUGGACCUGACCCUCACACUCUCCCUGCCCUGGCUGGAUCCAGAGGACCCCUUUGCCCUUCCCUGAGCUCCUAGUCCUGCAUAUUUGCUGUGUGACUUCGGGCCAGUGUGCUGUUUCUUCUGAGCCUCAGUUUUCCCAGCUGUGAAACCACCUGUCUCACAGAAGUACGAGAACCAGAGGAGAAAAGCCGGACAAAGGCUGCGGGCCAGCAGAAGAGUUCUUAUUGUUACUAAUAUUGCUGCCGCUAUUGUUAUUAUUAAUUAAUAUUUGUUUUAUUUAAUAUUUUAUACUUAUAUAAAGAUUUUUA